GAUCCCAGCAUCAGGCAGCAGAUCGGCUCUCUCUACAGGGUCAACACUUUCCCAGAUUCACACAGAGCUCUGUGAGUCUCUCUCCAUCACCCCCCCAGUCCUCCACCUGUUCCCCUGAGAUCUAAUCAUUGUCCCCCAGGCAAUAACAGCAUUCACAGUGCUGCACCCCAUAUUGUCUCACCAAGCUCUCUGAUUGGCUGAGACUGUGAGAAACUCCAGCCAGACCCAAACCCACACAUUCAUAUGGAGAUGUGGGACUAUAAAUAGGAGGGAUGAAGCCAGCAGAGAUCAGAUUCUCUCUACAGAGACCUCUACAGCUCAGAGAUCCAGCCAUGGCACCUACAAUCACUGCAGCAAUGACCAACUCUCAGGAGCAUCUGACUCUGACCCACAAGCUCAGAAAGCCUCUGGUGGAGAAGUUACGCAGAGAGCGAAUCAACAGCAGCAUUGAGCAGCUCAAGUCUCUCCUGGGUCCAGAGUUCCUCAAACAGCAGCCAGACUCCAAGCUGGAGAAAGCAGACAUCCUGGAGAUGACCGUUUGUGUCCUGAGACGACUGCAGCAGCAGCAGCAUCAAGCUGUGGACUCAGCAGCUGUUGAUCAGGGCUACUCCAGGUGUGUCCAAGAGGUGGAACACUUCCUGUCCAAGGAACAGGUGAAGACACAGUCCCAGAGAAGACUUCUGACCGACUUCAACAAGCUGCAGUCUUCCUCUGAUAAGAACCUGAGAGAGGCUGACUUCUCUCUUCUGAGCUCCACAGUCCAGACCAGCAUCACCACAGAGAAGAGUCCAGCCAACAGCGCCCCCUGGAGGCCGUGGUAGACACCUACAGACUGGAGUGACUACCAGACAAACUGAGACGACCACAUUGGUCAAAGAUUACUGGACUGAAUUCUAUGAAAUUUUAUGGACUUGUUCUUCUGUAUGAACAGAAGCUGUAUUUUGUGUGUUUUCUUUGUGCAAGAUGACAUUUCCUGAGGAAAUGACAGCAACAAUAUCUUUCAAGUUAAGAAAGAGAACAUCUUAUCAUGCAUGAUGCAUGAACCAAAUCUGAUUGCAUCAGCAAUUAUUAUCAUGCCUCACUGUACUUCCAGUAUUGGAAGUAUAUAAUGCUAUGGUAACAUCUGUUAUCUUUUGAUUGAUAUUGAUCAGACUGAUCAAAAAACCUUAAAUGUCCUUUUUGUGGACAUAUUGUCAUAAUGGACUUUACCUCACUUAAAUCUCUGGUGAUUCAAAACUGAUCUGUUGUAAGAUCCAAAUGUUUAUCCUUUUUUCUAAAAGGUUUUCCUAAUGGUACAAUUUUCCUGUGAUGCUUUUAAGCCUCACUGCGCGUCAUGUGUUGGUACAACAUAGUCCAUAGCGUUAUUUAUUACCUCUUGAAAGGUUUUGAUGAUUUGGAAUUGAUUCAAAAUUGUCCUUUUUAUGGACAUUUUGUCAUAAUGGACUUUCCCUCACUUUAUGUGAUAACUGAAAAAUUAUCUGCUGUAAGAUCAGUAUGUUUCUCCUUCUACUGUAAAAGGUUUGUUUAAUGUCACAGUUUUCCAGUGACAAUGUAAUUUGUACAUUUUGAGAAUCAAUUGAGUUUAGUGGUUAUUAAGAACUAUGUGACCUGUUGUAAGGUCAGUUUUUACUAUGUUUUAUUUUGUUCAUUAAGUGCAAAUGUUUUGAUCCAUUUGGGAAAAAAAUCUCAAAGGACAGUGAGUACUGUGUCCUCAAAUAUUGUAAAUCGUUUGUCUUUUAUAAAGACAGCUGUUCCUUUACUCUCUCUGAGUACAGUGUGUCUUGUAGAAAUCUACAAGUUGUUGUUGUUGUGAUGUAUCAUCACCUCUAGU